GGUCCUCUUUGUGCUUGCGCUGGGUUCUCAAUUUAACAAGAGAAAAAAAAUCCCAGCCAGAGAAUGAGGCAGUCAACAGUUUGUUGACCUCCCACUUUCUGCGGGGAAGGAUCCACACUGGCUGCUGAUUGGGCCAGCUGGCUGAACAUCUGUGUCACUCAGAGGAACUUUUUGAAGGUCUCCCUGCCUGAAGCUGAUAUAAAUACUUAAAGGCAAACCGCAUCGAGUACUCGGCAACUUCAACAUGAUUCAGCUCGUGGCUCUCCUGUCCUGCUUUGGACUGAUUUGUUGCGGCGAACCCUUCAACUACAAGGUGAACAACGGGAGGGUGAUUGGAGGCAGUGAUGCCACACCAAACACCUGGAAAUGGCAGGUGUCGCUGCAGCUCUCGUACGGUGACGGCACCUUCAACCACAUCUGUGGAGGCUCUAUUGUUGAUAGCUCCUACAUCAUGACCGCGGCUCACUGCAUCCUAAGCUCGGACGCCAGUCAGUACCGGGUGGUGGUGGGUGAGUACAGCCUGUUUGAAUAUGAGGGCAGUGAGCUGUUCUCCUCCGUGGAAGCAAUCUUCGUCCAUCCCGACUGGAGUGGGAAUCUGGCCCAUGGCAACGACAUUGCUCUGAUGAAGCUGGCUAAUCCCAUCUAUGACAACGGUCAUGUGGAAAUCGCUAACCUUCCCUACCCGGACCAGAUGCUGCCUCAUGGCUUCACCUGUUACAUCACAGGCUGGGGAUUAAUGGACUAUAUUGGAAGCGUCCCUGACAAACUGCAGGAGGCGCCCCUGGGCGUGGUAGAGCAUGCCGUCUGCUCCCAGCCUGAGUGGUGGGGCAGCCUUGCUCUGAAAACCAUGGUGUGCGCUGGAGGGGACGGAGUCACAUCUGGGUGCCAGGGCGACUCUGGAGGGCCCCUGAACUGCUUGACCGACGGAGUCUGGAGAGUCCACGGCGUCGUCAGCUAUGGUCCGGCCUACCAGUGCAACCUGCCGUUUAAACCGACCGUCUUCACCAGAGUCUCUUCCUUCCUCGACUGGAUGUAUUCAGUCAUGUAUCAAACAUAUUAGAGAAGUGUUGACUUCUGACAUGCAAGCUAAAUCACCAAAAUAAAAUUCUCAAGUAUCUCAGUGUUUUAUCCCCUGUUUUGCCCACUGCAAAAUGGAACUAAAAGUAAGUCAAAUUUUCUUGAAAUUAGUGUAUUUGUCCUUGAUUUGAGCAGGUAAAUAAAAUUAUCUGCCAAUGGAAUGAGUAAUUUUAACCCUAAAAUAAGAUAAUUAAACAUACUGCACUUGAAAUAAGUUGAUGGAGACGAGUUCUUCCUAUUUUAAGUGCAAAAAUCUUAUUCCAUUGGCACAUUAUCUUAUUUACCUACUCAAAUAAAGCACUAAUACACUAAUUUCAAGAAAAUUUGCAUUGCCCAUCCUUUAACCGGACAGUGUUUCUGUAAAUGUUGGAACUGAAAUGAAGGCAAAUUUUCCCUUUUAGGACAAUAAAAUCAGAAUCUGAAAAACUUCAA